GUUCCAAAGUAUAUUCACAAUGUACAAAUUAUAUCUCUAUGUAAACCUCUGCUUGAUUGCUUUGAUGCCGUUUAAGUCUCAUGCAAUGACGGCGGAACAAAAAGCCGCAAUUCAUGAACAUUUCGAAGAAUUGGGAACUGAAUGUAUGAAGGAUUAUCCUAUUACCGAAGAAGAUGUUAAUAAUUUGAGAGCUAAGAAAAUUGGUACCGGUGAAAAUGUACCUUGCUUCUUAUCAUGUUUAUUAAAAAAAGUCGGAAUUAUGGACGACAAAGGCAUGCUGCAGAAGGAAACGGCGCUUGAAUACGCCAAGAAAGUUUUUAAUGACGCCGAGGAGUUAAAACUUAUCGAGGGUUAUCUUCACUCGUGUUCACAUAUCAACGGGGAAACAGUCACUGAUGGAGAAAAGGGUUGCGAUCGUGCGUUGUUAUCUUUCCAAUGUAUGUUGGAAAACGCAUCACAGUUUGGCUUUGACGUAUAGCACGCCAUUGCUCUAAGAUUGACAUAUCGAAACAGGAAUGGAUGAGGG